AUGCUUUAUGCGAGAAAGAAAAUAAUAAACCUAAUUUCAAUUUAUCUGCAGCCAUAAAAUAAAUCCAAGCAAUACAACUUUAAAAACCACUAAAAGGUAAAUUUUAUCUAAUUUAUAUAUUUUUUUUGUGUUUUUACAAAUGAUUGCUCUGAUACUUAUUACUUAUUAAGAUUGAAAUCAGAAAGUGAUAUAAAUUAAUACAAAUUAUAAAAAUUAGCUUCUAAAAAAAAAGUAAAACAAUCAUAUUAAAUGAAUCCUAAAUAGGCUGUUAACUCAAUUGCAGGAAUUAUCUGCUUUGCUGUCUUACUCUUGCUUUUCUGGUGGAGCCAUCAUCAUCGUCCUCAUGACAAGGACUAUCACCCUCCCACUGCUGAUAAAAGAUGGACUGUUUACAACCACGAAGUUUGCAGAAAUGCUUGCCCCGUUGCUGAAUGCACUACUGAUGAUUGCGUUGCUGCUUUCAACGCUUUUGACAAGUACUCUCAAGAUGACUCUAACUGCUAAGGUUUCUGGAGCUGGUUCGAAACUGCUCAAGCUGAUGAUCUUCUUCCUGACUCCUUCUACUAUUGUGGUCACGGUAAGAAAAACGAAUGGUAAAAGAAUGCCCAAUCUAACUCAUAAUAUCUCCAAAUUUGGUAAUGCAACUGGGGUCCUAACUGCUCUGAACAAUAAUGA